AUGGAUUCUCCAGUCACAUCUGCCCUCGCUGAAGCUCUUCAAAUAUCGUGGGGCGCCCGAGUUGUUAAAUGGAAUGCUCGUGGGAUAGGUCAGAGCAGCGGACGGUCGGAAUGGUCUAGUUGGCCGGCGUGGGUAGGCGAGGAUAAUUGCUCGGAUUACAAGGACAUUUUCCGGGAAGAAGUCAUACGAUUUAUGGACGAGUUCCCUUCUGCCCGUGAUUGUGAUUUGUUUGUUUGUGGAUACUCCUGUGGGGCCAUCUACUCCACCACCAUUCGUAUGCCAAAGGAUCUCGUUGAUCGAUGUUCGAACGUUUUCAAUCCUAUUCGAUAUAUCCUAAUAUCUUACCCGAUCGCUAUUUCCCCAAUUCUCGGUCUCUUCAGAACUGGAUGGUACUUUCGUGCCUUAGAAGGUCUCGUUGGAGGUUCAUGGGAAGACUGUCGACACGAAGCACGAGCUGAUGUGCUCAUCCUGAUGGGAAAAGACGAACUCGGAAGUCUGUUGUCGCCAGUACGGAUUGCGUAUAAUAUGUGGAUGAAGGUCCUAAAGAGCAAGAGACGCCCUGAACAGGGAAUGUUCGAGGUUGUUGUUGUCGACGGAGCUAACCACGUUUGGCGGGGUAGACUGGAUAAGCUCAAGGAAGAAGUGAAUAGAUGGCUGUAA